UGCUAGUCCCGGAGGUGGGGCGCAGGCAGCCGGGUGGGCCAGUCAGGGCGGAGCCGACGAGACGGCGGAAGCGGCGGACGGCGGGGAAGGGGGCGGGGAAGGGGAAGGAGGCUGGCCCGGAAGAAGGAGAAACCCUGAAAAGAAAACAGCAACAAGCCCUGCCGCGGUGACAGAGGGGAGCAAGAUGGCGGCGCUGAAAGGGAGCUACUGGGUCCGGGCCCGACUGGGACUCCCGCCGCUGCUGCUGUUGACCAUGGCCCUGGCUGGGGGCUCGGGCACCGCUUCGGCCGAAGCGUUUGACUCGGUCUUGGGUGACACGGCGUCCUGCCACCGGGCCUGUCAGUUGACCUAUCCCUUGCACACCUACCCCAAGGAAGAGGAGUUGUAUGCAUGUCAGAGAGGUUGCAGGCUGUUUUCAAUUUGUCAGUUUGUGGAUGAUGGAAUUGAUUUAAAUCGGACCAAAUUGGAAUGUGAAUCUGCAUGUACAGAAGCAUAUUCCCAACCUGAUGAGCAAUAUGCUUGCCAUCUCGGAUGCCAAGAUCAGCUGCCAUUUGCUGAACUGAGACAAGAACAACUAAUGUCCUUGAUGCCAAAAAUGCACCUCCUCUUCCCUCUAACUCUGGUGAGGUCAUUCUGGAGUGACAUGAUGGACUCUGCACAGAGCUUCAUAACCUCUUCAUGGACCUUUUAUCUUCAAGCUGAUGAUGGGAAGAUAGUAAUAUUCCAGUCAAAGCCAGAAAUUCAGUAUGCACCACAGUUGGAGCAGGAGGCUACAAAUUUGGGAGAAUCAUCUCUGAGCAAAAUGUCCUAUCUGCACUUGAGAAGUUCCCAGGCACACAGAAACUAUCUUGAAGAUGGAGAAAGUGAUGGCUUUUUGAGAUGCCUCUCUCUAAACUCUGGGUGGAUUUUAACCACCACUCUAGUCCUCUCAGUGAUGGUUUUGCUCUGGAUUUGUUGUGCAGCUGUUGCUACAGCUGUGGAACAGUAUGUUCCCCCUGAGAAGCUGAGUAUCUAUGGUGACUUGGAAUUUGUGAAUGAACAAAAGCUAAGCAAAUAUCCAGCUUCUUCUCUUGUGGUUGUUAGAUCUAAAGCUGAAGAUCAUGAAGAAGCAGGGCCUCUGCCUACUAAAGUAAAUCUUGCCCAUUCAGAAAUUUAAGAGCUCUUCUUAAAAAGAAAAGUGUCAGGGACACUGAAAUUUCCAUUCCUCAUAGAGCUUUUAAAAUGGUUUCAUUGGAUUUAGGCCUUAAGUCAAUAUGAAGUGCAAAUAAACUCACCCAAAUGUGUGAGGACUGUAUUUGCUAUAACUUUACCUAUAGGUUUUUUCCCCCUAGUAACUUAAGACAUGGACAUUUGGGGUUGUAUUUUUAUUUUACUAAUAUCUGUAGCUACUUUGUAAGUUGUGUUGGUUUUGUUGUUUGUUUUUUUCUCUGUUAGUCAAUUUCUAUGAGCUGAUUGUAGUUCUUCCCCACCUCCUGUCAUGAUACUGUCAGUUAUCUUAGUUAAUAAGCUGAAUACUUAGUAGGAUAUGACGCUUUUGCUCAGCAAUGGCCCACAAAGCUGUAAUUUGAAAUUUAGCAGAAAAUGGCAUUUAAUGACACUACAUUUUCAGUUGUAUUGAACUGAAAUCAUUAAAAUUUUAUUUGAAUAAUUAUGUGCUGAAA